AUGCGUUACUCGAACAAGAAGCACAUGCACAAGUGGCCUACGAAUCAUUUCACGUGGAAUUUUCAGUUCGCCUGUAGAGCAAAUCUACAAAUAGCGGAAGCAGCGUUUGCUCUGAGGGCAGUGAAUUUUUCGCUGACUUUUACACGCAGCAUGCACAAUCCUAACAUAGUGAUUUCGUAUAAAGAUGGACGGCACACUAUGUUGGACAAUUAUUACUCAGGUACUAUGUGCUCGUUGGACUUUGAUGGUCAAGAUGGAGUACUUGCUCACGUGUAUUUUUCUAACGGAGAUCUCGAGCAUGUAUCUGAGGUACAUAUCGACAAUGCGGAACAGUGGCACGAGCUCACUGAAAAUCCAUGGAAUAAGGAUCAUUUGUUGCACACGCUGACUCAUGAGAUCGACCAUGCAAUAAGAAUAGAGCACACUUGGAUGAUGUUCUGGCUGUGCAACCUUUAUGGACCUAACCCGGAUGCACCUGAACUACCUCCGAUCUCUACAUUUGCCCCUCCGACGAUCGCGCCGACUACAACAACAACGAUCGCGCCGACUACGACGACAACAACGACGUCGCAGCCGCCGUCGCCGCCGCGUAAACCCAAGCCGCUACCACCUAGGAACGCGUGCGAAUUGGAUGCGGCUUAUCAACGACCAUCCGGUNAGCUCGUGCUCUUCACCUAUGGUUACGUGUACUUAGUUUCCUACCCCAGUUUACAAUUGCAAGACGGACAGACCUACAUCAUAUUCAACAACGACUCCGUGGCCGUUCUAGACGAUUGUCANUUGAGGAUUACAGAAUACAGCAAAUUGAAACUAACGUUUUCAGGAGUUCCACCAAGUAUGUCGCUGGCUUUACAUAAUUCAGAUGGCAAUGUGUACUUUCUGUACUCUGAGAGAUAUCUCGCGUUCAGCGAAUUCAUCAAUUUCAUGCACUUUGCGGGACCUUUCAAUAUGAGAUUAAUUACUAUUCAUUGCCCGGAUAUAAACAUCUCAUACAACUUAAAGUCUUUAGUUUCUCAACUCAAAAAGUACAAACACACUCUUUAUUCCGGAUAG